GUUUGCAGUCAAUAACUAUUUGAAAAAUCUGAAUUACGAUUGAGAAAAUGGACUUAUCCUGGUCUCCAGAGCAUAAAGCCGAUGCUACGACUAUAUUGAAGGACCUACAACUUGAGGUUAAGAAGAAUAUCAGUCAACUGAAUACAAAUAUACAUAAACUUGAUAACGUAUCUGUUGCAUUAAAUGAAGGUAAGACAACGUUUCAGCAGGUAUUAUGCGAAACAUGCAAGAGUGCUGUAGAUUCGAAAUAUAAAGAACUGCAUUCUAGGGAGGAUACGUCAGAAAAGAAGUUAAACUAUAGAAAGUUGCCACCAGAACGCCAGGAGAUCGUAAAUGAGAUCACUAAAGUUUUUAUGCAACUGGAACAUUCCCAAACAGAAGAUAACGGUGAAGGGGAGUUUUGCACACAGGAUGAAUACCAUGCUCAACAACUGUUGGAAUUAGAAAAAUCGUUUAAAAAUCAAUUAUUAGAAAAACAGACUCAGCUCUUUGAUUUGAAGCAACAAGUGAAAAAGCUGGAGAGUGAAAGAGAUGAAAAUAUAAAAAAGGUAAAAACUACGUCUGGUAAGGCUUCGUCAACUGGGAAGUAUGAACGCGAAUUGCGACGAUAUCAAACCGAAAACAAACGUCUACAAUCUGACCUUGAUUCAAGCGAACGUCGUAACGAACAACUGCGCAAGGAUAUUGAGAGGAGCGAGGAUGAUGUCAGGGAACAACGUCAGUUACUCAACGAGGAGAAAACAAGAAGAGAAACAGCAGAAGCGGCCGACAUACGGGUGAUGCACAGCGAAUCGUACACCUCGAGCGCACAAGUUGGUAGAUACGCAAAUGAGGAAGGGAGUGACAUGAAAGAUCGGAAUCAAGUACCGACGACAGACCGGCAUACUGGACAUGACAGAGCAGGGUUGAUCAACAAAACCAAAAGCGACAACGUAUCGUCAACACCUGGCAUUGAUCAGGAUAUAGGGUCCGAUACUGUGGAUGUCGGCUCCACGCCAGAAGAAACCAUAGAAAGGUUGAGGAAGAGAGAACGCGGUGCUGCAAUUGUACAGAAGGAAAACGAUGAUUUUCGAAAAGAUAUUGCACAGUUACAUAGAGAGAGAAAGACACUUCAGGAAAAGGUCGACAAUCUCCAGAAAACAAAUGAGGAGAUGACAGUAGUUAUGGGAGAUCUCCAAAGAGACAAUGAUAGACUCAUGCGGGAAGUCGACGACCAUAAUUCGGAUUUUUCCAAAGAGCGAAAAGGAGAGAGGUACGAGAGAAAUCACAAUGAGAACUACGAAAGAGAAAUAGCUCGUCUUAAGAGGGAAAGAAAGUCACUUCGGGGAGAGAUUGAAUCUGUACGUCGGGCUCAUGAUGACACGUCAUCCGCCUUGAGAGACUUACAGAGAGACCACGACAGAUUGACAGAAGAACUCGGUAUAAAAGAACGAGAGAUACACGAACUAAAAAGGGCUUUGGAAGAUGUUCCACAUCUGGAAAGGAGAUCAUUAGACACACUGAACGCGCCGGCAGGUAGAUACGAAAAUGAGGACGAUAACUACCUGAGAGAUGAGAAACAAGUACAGUCGACAGGCCGACAUACUGGGCAUGGUAAAACAAAGUUGAUAAACAAGAAAAAUAGUGACAACGUAUCGUCAACGUCUGACAUUGGUCAAGAUAUUGAGGGAGUGGCCGUUGAUGUAGGAUCCACAAAAGAAAACAGCGAAAGGCUGAAAAAGGUAGAACACGGUGCUACCAUUGUACAGGAGAACGAUGCUUUCAGAAAAGAUAUUGAAAAAUUACACAGGGAGAGAGAGACACUUCAGGAAAAGACCGACCAUCUCCAGAAAACAAACGAGGAGAUGGCUUCAGAGAUGAGAGACCUUCAAAGAGACAAAGAUAGACUCAUGCGAGAACAAGAUGACCAUAAUUCGGAUUUUUCCAAAAUGCGAAAAGAAGAAAGAUAUGAGAGAGACCACAAUGAAAAUUACGAAAGAGAAAUAGCGCGUCUGAAGAGGGAGAGACAAUCACUCCGGGGAGAGAUUGACUCCCUACGUCGGGCUCACAAAGACAAGUCAUCUACCUUGAAGGAAUUACAGAGAGACCAUGAAGGGUUGACAGAAGAACUUGGUAUAAAAGAACAAGAGACUCAUGAAAUGAAGAAGGCUUUCGAAGAUAGUCCACAAGCAGAAAGAAGAUCAUUAGUUAUGAAAUUACGACGCGGAAAUCGUAGUGGAAUCGACAGAACUAUGGUGGAUAUGGUUUUCAAGGAACUGACGAGGACGCUUGAAGGGCGAUUUAAUUCAGAAAAUAUUGACUUUUCCAUUGUGUUAAGUAAUACAUCAACAAAUACAGUCAAUGGCCCCUCCUUCGUGCUAAUUCUAAAUACCUAUGUCCAGACAGCCCUACAAGGAAUCAAAGGAAACAGAAGCACAUACAUCCUUGCACUACAUCAUAUCGACCAGGAGAAUAUUUCGCUGAUGACACCUUCGAGGGAUAAUUUAACAGGAAACGCAUUACAGAAUCUAGGUGGCAUUCUGGAUAUGGCGUUCAGCACUGACAAUGAACUGUACGAGUGUGACAUCAAUAAUAGUGCUGUAGACAAAAUAGUAACUCUUCUAAAGCAAUAUUGAUUAGUAUCUGACUUAAGUUUCAAACAGGUAAAAGUGUGUUUUUGUGUGUCAGUGUAAGCACUCUAUCAGGUACCAAUCGUGAUACAGUGUAUACUGUUUUAGAAAAAGCAAAUUAAUCAUUUCUACCUGAUAUGAAUAAAGUGUGGUAGAUGACUUCGGUACGGAUCUCUUACAAUAGUGGACUCUUCUUGCAGAUAUAUUCAACCGUUCGUAUACAAAGCUAUUAGCUACAUAGCUAUUCCUUAAUUGUGAGGAAUGACUACACACGCCGUGAAAUGAGUGGUGCUAUUGAUGAUGCGGAAUAUGUUAAUCAGUCGUAAACAUUUUAUCUUUAAGUUCUAUUGAAAGUUGCGGUUUACUUUACUCUUUUGCUGUUUUUUGAUUGUGUAUUCUAUAAUUCCUUGUGUUCGAUAAUUGUUCUUUCUGAUAAGUGAUUGAAGUUCAUGAUGUGCUACAUUGAGGCAAAUGUAGUAUAAUAAAAUAUAAAGAAUUUUCCCGCUUAGUACAGGUUUCUACGAAAAUUAGAAUAUAAUUGUUUCGUCUUGUAAUCCACACGGCAGACUAUUUUAACAGGGUGAAAUCUUAACAAUUUAGCUAGUUAUAGAACAGUAAAAUUCAACACGUUUGCUAUUAACGUUACUAAAAAUGAACUCAUUAAAAUUUACCCCACUCAAAUAGUUUAGAAUAUACUAAGUUGGGGGUCGCCUCAGGUGUUGUGAAUACAUACACUUGUUAUUAAAACAAGUACUAACAAUCUUCAAUAAAAUCGAAAUUGUUGGUUGGAAAAUAGCUAAACUGCUGCACAUUGAUUUUUUUUCUUGCAUUUUUGACCUUCAAACGCUAAAUUUAACACUCUAAAAUAGCCUGUCAUUUGGUACUUCCUUUUGCACUUUUUUCUAGUUAAUUAGAAAUCAACACAUUUUUUUGUUCUUAUCAUGCUUGUAUUUUAAUGAAACGUUGUAAUAAGAUUCGUGUGGACAUUUCUAUUAUUCUAAAUUAUUUGACAUAUUUCAUUAUCAUGUUUAAAUAAUUAAAAAAAAAAAAACACCAAAAAGUCUGGGUAUCACUAGUAGAUGUCAUGCAAUAACGUCACAUAUCAACCCUGGAACAAAGAAAACAAUGAUGCUAAAUAAUAAAACUACAAUACUGACUAUUUAAAUUCAUGACAUCUAGGUUGAAGUCACCAGAUAACAUACUGAAAGAGAUUGACAGUAAUCAGUGAGUUGUAAAAUUUGUACAUGUGUGUGUUUGUGGUUGAAAUGCCAUUAUUGACUCCCGUAUAUAUAAUUGAUUACAUUCUAUUCGUAUGUAAAUCAUGUAUGAUACAAGAGUAUACUGUAACGUAUAAAUACUCGUAUUGUUCUUAUCAUUGCCUUCCGAAUCCGUCCUUAUUGUUUUGUACUGGUUUUAAUAAAAAUCAAGCGUGA